ACAUGCUCCUUCCUGGUAUUCUUUAUUCAAUGGGUACUCUAAAUCCCGUAAGACCAACGGUCUUUAUUAGUGUCUCGUCGGUGCUCUGGCCGAAUCGUGUAAGCGUUAAGUCCAUCGAUUAACAGGGACGUGAAAUAAGAUGCACGGUGAGCUCGCAGUUCUCCGUACGCCUACUGGUUGCUGCCGAAGGCUUAGUUACGAUCUCGAGCGUGAGCAGCGAACAGCAUUUUAUCGUUGGCCGUCAAGGACGAGAAUGAUGGAAAGAAGAUGGUGAGGCAGCGCUUCCUCGGCUACUGGAAUGGGUUCGCAAACGCUGGAGAUCCUGAGGCAAGGUGUCUGGGCGAGCCUGACGGGCGGUUGGUUCUACGAUCCGCAUCUCGAUGCGUUCUCCAACACCUUCCACCUUUACGUCUGGCUGUUUCUACUUUGUCUGCCAUUCACGAUUUAUCUGUAUUUUCCUCCCACAUUAUAUGUUUGGCUGGUGUAUUGCUCGUCGUUUGUUGCUGUAUUUGGAACGAUAAAGUGUGUGAAUCACGCUUUACACUGUGUGUAUGAUACAACUGAGUGUUUGGAGGAACCAGGACAAACCAUCAGCCAACAAAAGUCUGAGAGUGAGAAAAAACGUGCAGUGCAUAAUAAAACCAGAGAACAGUCACAAGAUCAAACAAGCCAUGGCAUAGAGUUACAAGUUUUAAAUGGUAAAACAGACACACCACCUGUGGAAUGUUCAUCACGUAACUCAUUCAUAGAAACAAAUAUACAGAAUGCUGAUGCUGAUAGUAUAACAUCUGAAUACAAUCGAGAUAAGCCUAGCUCGACCAUAGAUUUAAAAGUAGAAAUACAUAGAAAGAACAGCUCAGAAAGCUCAGAGGAGGCACAACAGCUUAAUAAACCAAUAGUAACUAGCAUAAACGUGCACGAGGCUGAAUUGGUUUCUGCACAGUACCAUGAGCCACGUUUUAAGAAUAUUAUAAAUGAAUGGAGAUUGAAGCGGCAAAAAUGCGUAGUAAUCGCUGAAGAAGAUCGACCGGGACCUCGUAAAUUGUGUCGGCAUGCAUCCGAAGAUUCGAGAAAUCGACACUCUAAACAAAGUAGUCUAGGUAAAACGGGAUCUGAGAGCCAAAUAAAACAGACCAGUUCAUUGGAAUUGGAGCAUCCCGGCGACGACUAUCCCUACUGGAAGUCCAACCAAAGCGUCCGCAGACUCAAUUCCAAUUCCAUACCAAUGGAAACGCAUCUAAUAAAUGAUCAUCCACAAAGUUUGGAACUCAUAUCAAAAAAGGCAGACGCGGACAACAAUAAAAUUUCAUCUCAUCCGCAAUCGUUGGAGGUUAUUACCAAGAAACCGCAUCAACAACUUAUACAUCCACAAAGCCUCGAAACAAUUGGUGCUACUAGUAAAAAUAUAAACAAUACCGACGACAAUAACCUGCCUCUUCACCCGCAAAGUCUCGAAACGAUCAAUACCAAAAAGGUCUUACCGCAAAAUACAUUGAAGAGAAACCAACUACAGCUCUUACCAUAUCUUAGUUAUGGAUCUGAAAUAGUUCAUCCAAUAGCGGAACAGAGCGAUGAACAGUUUGCCAAUGAAAGUUCAGGAGGAUUUAGUCUGCGAGACUCGUACAGCCCGUUACUCACACGAAAAAAUAUGAGCGACGUGAACGCAACGUCUAAUCGAGACAGAAGUUUCAGCGCUGGUGGAUUCGAAGAUAAUUUCUCGAGCUUUAACGAUGACAAUGGAAUAGAUAAUAACUCGGCGAAUUCGCGAGAUGCAUUGCUCGAGGAGUCAAAGCCCACAGUCAAAAGAAGAUACAGUAACGCCAGCCAGAGUAGCCACGAAUUUUCGGACAGUGAGAAGAAGAAUAAGGAGAAGCGACCAAGCAAAUCCAAAAACACAGAAGAUCCAUUAUCUUUGGGCAGCAUGGUUGGAAUCGAUUGGUUGUUUGAGAGCAGCGAUUGUGCGGUGGAGCCUUGGACGAGUAAGAUAUUUUGGACUUUUGCACGCUCUGAUGAUACGGAUACAUCAGAAAGCCUACAGACGGCUAGUACGGAUUAUCUCCACACGAAGGAACCUGACUCAGGAUCAUCCAGCACAACGACCCUCAGCAUGGAGAACGAAGUGAAGCGAAAAUUAUUGCCACAGUUGGAGACGGACAAUGUCGCUAAUAAGCGUCAUCAAGGAGCGAUUCCCAAGCAGAGCCGUCCAAAAGCUGUAUUACCGGACACCGCAGACGACAGCAUCGCGAGUGCGGAGCAGCCGCAGCGGGAGAAUCUCAAGCGUUACUUAGAAGUGCGACGGGAGAAGGCUAAGCGACGAGACAGCAAGUUCGAGCAAACCAGCGGUUCGAACAACGAACUGAGUACAUUACUGCCAAGUCCGGCGCCUCCGUUGCUGGCCGCGUUGCUCAACUCCGAGCGGGACCUACCCGGCCAGUCGAGCAAUACGUGCGAACGACGGCUCACCCGCAGCUCGGACAAUCGCAACUUUCGGACGAGAUACGGCCGACUGAAACGGCCGUUUCGAGGUCAACGUGGCGGUCCGCGCGGCAUAGGUGCUCGCGACGACAACGUAGUGCCAUUGACCGCGCUAUUCGGUCUCAUCUCCACCGGGGAGUGCCACCUCGCUACUAAUCACAACGACACGUCCGAGGGCGCGGUGCAUUAUUUCCGCGACGAUAACGGUUGCUGGCUGGCUUACACAUUUGACGAAAAAGCUUCGGACAUCGCCGCGGCUACGCAGCUACCGAGCAAUCACAGCGAGAAGCUGCUCAACAUCCUGCUGCGUCAGCAACUCAACCAGAAUCUGCAUUACGACACCAACUGGGAACUAGCGGAUUCCCUCAGCAACAGCUACAGCAGCUUGUCGCUGAAUUCUGCCGGUCUCACGGUGAUAAUCGACACACCACCGGUAUUGUCGAGUCCGGCGAGCAAUCAGACCAAGACACAGAGUUCGCCACCGUCCAAUCUGAUCUCCUCGAAUACCGGUAGCUCGAAUCAGUGCACGCUGGAGAACUCGGAACGUGAGCAAUUUCAUCACACGCUGUCCAUCGCGCGGUCGGACUCGAUGGCCGACAGGAACCGCCGGCUGCAGAAUCUGUUGGGUAAUUUGAACCUUAACGCGUACCACCACCCGUCCUCGGAGACUAACGGCGGCCGCAUGCCCGUGCUGACGUUGCCCUCGCACCAAGAGCCCGACAUCAACACUAGUCUCUCGUGGAAUCGCUUCGUCGAGGGUCUGGAUGGCAUCGACACGCCGCCGAAGCGUAAGCAGACCAGGCACUAUUACAAGUGGAAGAUCGGUAGACUGCCGCACGUGAAGGUGCGCUUCGAUCGCCUGGCUCUGUUGGCGCUGCUCGAUCGCAACCUGACAGUCUUCGAGACUGUCGUGUCCACGCUCUUGGCGGCAGCGGUGGCCGGACUGAGCCUGCUGCUGCUCCAGCAGGGUUUCUACCGCGAUAUCUUCGCGUUCAUCUUCUGCUUCGUCACGGCCGGCUGUCAAUAUUCGCUGCUCAAGUCGGUGCAACCCGACGCCGCCUCGCCGACGCAUGGCUUUAAUCGCAUUAUCGUGUUCUCCAGACCGGUGUACUAUAUCUUAUGCUCGGGUCUGAUUCUAAUACUCAACGAGACAUUGAGGAAUUUGGAGAAGUUCUCCGAUUUCAGAGUGUACGGACUACGCGUCGCCGAUUACGAUCUUAUAAUGCAGGCGCGUAACGUACUGCUGAUAUUCCUGCUGUGCUUCCCGAUUGUGUUCUCCUUAGGGCUGUUCCCGCAGAUCAACACGUUCCUUAUGUACGUGUGCGAGCAUCUGGACAUACAUCUGUUCGGCGGCAACGCGACGACCAGUCUGGUGUCGUCGUUGUAUUGCCUCUGUCGUAGCGUGUUGACCGUUUUUAUCCUCUACGGAUUCGCGUACGGCGCCGUGAACGAGCCCAAGUCCUCGCAGCAUAUUCUAUUUUCCAUAUUUGUCGGUUUACUUGUGGCUGUGUCCUACCACCUGAGUCGCUCGUCUUCCGAUCCUACCGUGAUAUGGGACAUCUUGAAGGCCAACUUGUGGCCGCCUGUGGACAACUACGUGGAGGAGAAGGAGGCGAAGAUCAUUGAGAACACGUCAUCGUCGUCGCCGCAGCGCUACAAUAUCGUCGCGAGUUACAAGGAGGCGAAGAUCAAGGCGUCCGGUAGGAACAGGGACGUGAAGAUCGAGGUGGGCAAGCAGAUGUCGGACACCGAACUGGUGGACCCGUUACCCGAGAAGCUGCGGUCAACGGUGAACGCCAGGCUGAAGAACGAUCUGAUUGUAUGCGCCGUAAUUGGCAUUCUGACCUUCGGUGUCCACUGCUCGACAGUGUUCACCGCCCUACAGCCGGAGCUCAACCCAAUAUUGUGGGGCAUCGCAGGCUGCUUAGGCUUCCUUUUGCACUACAUCAUGCCGCAGCUACGCAAACAACUGCCGUGGCUGUGCCUGUCGAGACCCGUUCUACGUAGCCAUGAACAUGCUCAGUUCGAGGUGCGCGAACCGGUAAAGAUUAUGUGGUUCGAGAAGGCCUACGUGUGCCUGUGCUUUCUCGAGCGUAACGUACUGUACCCGGUGGUCUUUCUGGGCGCACUCACUGAAUGCACGCCGCAGAUCGUCGAGAAGUUCGGCGAAAGCGUCGGCGCCCUCAUCGUCGUCAUGUGCGGCCUCAAGUCACUCAGAUCCGCGUACUCAGACCCGUCCACUCGUUAUCUCGUCUUGGUCUUCGCGGUGCUUUUUUUCCAACGGGACAUCCGCGGUCUGAGCGAAACCUUCCUAAUGGAUUAUUUCGUCACUGGGAUCGCAUUCGCCAAGAUCCACGAGCUGCUGCUGAAGAUCCGCUUCGUCGUCACGUAUAUAGCACCUUGGCAAAUUACAUGGGGCAGCGCCUUCCACGCGUUUGCACAGCCCUUCUCUGUGCCGCAUUCUGCGAUGCUCUUCCUGCAGGCCGGUAUCUCAGCGAUGCUGAGCACACCAUUGAACCCGUUGCUGGGCAGUGCAAUCUUUAUCUCGUCUUAUGUACGACCGGUCAAGUUCUGGGAAAGAGACUACAAGACCAGGCGGGUGGAUCAUUCGAACACACGUAUGUCCUCACAUUUGGAUCGUAAUCUCGGCGCCGAUGACAACAAUCUCAACUCGAUAUUCUACGAGCAACUAACCAGGUCCCUCCAGCACAGCCUCUACGGUGACCUCGCGCUCGGCCGGUGGGGAAACGUCGAGCAAGGCGAUUGCUUCUUGCUCGCGUCCGAUUAUCUGAACUGUUUGGUUCACAUUAUUCAGUUGGGCAAUGGCCUGGUGACGUUUCAACUGAGAGGUCUCGAAUUUCGAGGAACGUAUUGUCAACAGAGAGAAGUGGAAGCGAUUUCUGAAGGUAUCGAGGAUAACGACAACUGUUGCUGCUGCGAAAUGGGGCAUUUGUCGAAUGUACUUAGCGUAAACGCAGCCUUCAGUCAACGUUGGCUCGCUUGGGAAGUAGCGAGCGCCAAGUACGUGCUUGAGGGUUACUCUAUCUCCGACAACUCGGCAGGUUCAAUGCUGCAGGUGUUCGAAUUUCGUAAGGUGUUAGUUACUUAUUACGUCAAGAGUAUCGUUUUCUACACCGUGAGGUCUCCUAAAUUGAAACACUGGUUGGAGAAUCAAGACAUUGCUGAUUCACUGAAGCUGACGCUCGAGAAAAACUUCAUCGAUCUCGAUCCCGUUUUUAAUAUGAACAUUGACGAGGAUUUCGAUUUCCGCGCGAGUGGCAUUACGCGUAGCAGUUUCUGCAAUGUUUACCUCGACUGGAUACAAUAUUGCGCUGGUAAACACGAUAAGUCACUGGACAGAACACGUGAUUCAUAUCUCGUAUCUCUGUGUCUGUCUUUAAGCCUAUUGGGAAGACGUGCAUUGGGUGUUGCGUCUCACAACACCGUAUCGAGUGUCGAAUUUUUUCUUUAUGGGUUACAUGCAUUGUUUAAAGGAGAUUUCCGCAUAACAUCAGACCGCGAUGAAUGGGUGUUGCACGAUGUCGACCUAUUGCGCAGCGUAGUUGCAAAGGGUGUGAGAAUGGCGUUGAAACUGCAUCAGGACCAUUUUAUGAGCCCGGAACAAUACGUGGAAUCAUCGGCGCUUUUCGAGGCAAUCGACAGUCACGAUAAGAAUCUCGUCAUUAGUCACGAAGCGGAUCCACUUUGGAGAAAUGCUGUGUUGAGCGGUGCACCUAGUUUAUUGGCGCUCAGACACGUACUAGACGACGGUAUAGAUGAGUACAAGGUGAUAAUGCUUAACAAACGUUAUCUAAGCUUUCGAGUGAUUAAAAUGAAUCGCGAAUGCGUACGCGGACUGUGGGCCGGCCAGCAGCAAGAACUGGUGUAUUUGAGAAACAGAAAUCCGGAGCGCGGUUCAAUACAGAACGCUAAACAAGCGUUAAGAAACAUAAUCAACAGUUCGUGCGACCAGCCAAUCGGAUAUCCGAUUUACGUGUCCCCAUUGACAACCAGCUACGCCGAGACCAACGAACAAUUGUGCUCAAUAGUCGGAGGACCUUUGAGCUUCGGCACCAUAAAAAGUACCGCAUUAAAAUUGUGGCGAAGAAUAAGGAGGAGAUGCGGUCAAGGCUGCUCCUCGGGUGGUACCGGCUCACAAGAUGACGGAGGCUUCGGAAAUGACGGAAUAUAUGCGAUGACAACUUACAACAUACACACCGGCUACGCUCAGUCAGGUCACAACACCUCCGGUUCACAAUCGAUGGAAUCCGGCUGUCAAAUCGGAGGUUCGACCGGUCGCGGUUCUCUCGGUCGUGCAAACACGGGCUCUCUCGGUGGUAAUAGAGGCUCACUCGCUUCCGUUGGGAAGCCAACCAGUUCUACGCUCGCUAGUUUGGCCGGACUACUCAGUAACAGUGACAUUAAAACGGAAACAAAGAGCGAGACGAGUUUCUCCAAUAAAUUGGAGAAAGAGGAGGUUUUUCAGAGGGUCUGUAUCAUGGAUCCCAAUCAGGUGUACGACGCGAUCAACCUAGGUCGGCGUAUAGACGUAAUCUGGCCAGAUGAAAGGAUGAGACAGCAAGGUGGCCGUUCUGGCUGGCAGCACUGGGUGCCGGAAAGAGGUAUGGAAGGCUGUGUGGUCCAUCGUUGGUCGCCGAAUCAUCGCGAUCCCAAUCGACGAUCGCACGUUGACAAAGUUAUUCUACUUGUGAAGAUAGAUGACAAAUACGUGCCGAUAGCCGAGCAAGGCGUGCGGGACCUGGGUGCGGAGGUCUAGCAAAAUAUUAUCAAGACUAGUGCCACGAUAACAUACGCUAGUGGCUUUCGUACAAUUGUUUUACGAAGCACGAGCUCGCGAUAAUACUCGACGCGUCAACGGAAAUGAAAAAGGAGAAAGAGGCAUUUCGGUCUCACAAAAAAAAAAAUGCAGAACAUUUAACAAAAUUCUUUACUUUUAACGUAAACCGUAAUCUAUUAUAUUGACAAUGUUAAACUACUAGUUUCUUACUUCCACACAAAAUCGAUACUCGCCAUUAGGACAUAAAUGGAAGGGCGGCUCGGAU